AUGAAAAGUUGGCCAACUAAUUGCAGUAUGGUUUGCGGGGAUUUAUACUUCAAUGCAAACACUGAUCUGACGGAGGAUCAGUUGAGAACUUAUUUCGCGAAACAAAAUAAAUUCAAAGGAAUGUUGAAGUUUGAGCAUACCCAGUUUACUUCGCUGACCUUUUUGAGUCGUUACUUGCAAUUUUCUUCAGCCGGAAUACUCAUUGCUCACAACCCGAAGCUGACCAAUAUUUCAUAUGUAUAUGGAUGGUGGUCCGGUUUACCCAGCAUCUGGAGUGUGUACAAUAACUCCAAAUUGAGCGUGGACAUACUGUGUAGAAGAAUAAAUGGCGGUCAUGAUGUUUAUAUAGAUUUGAAUGCUUACGGGAAUUUGGAUGAUUGUGGUUGCAAAUCAAUUCGAAUAGAUCAAAAUUCAAUACACGCUUACCCAAAUUGCACUUCAAUUCAUGGUGGCCCUAAUUCUGGCCUGAAAAUCACGAAUGUCUCAGACUUCACAAGCUUGAAGCCCUUGAGCCAGCUUAAAACGUUGAACGGCAUGCUGGAAAUCUAUGAAACUGACCUGCCGAAUAUCUCAUUUCUUGGGAACUUGAAAUCAUUACUAGGGACGCCUCGACUGGAAUUUUCUUAUACACAAUUUAAUACUACGAGUAUUCAUGAUAACCCGAAAUUGAAGAAGCUUGGGCUGGAAUCUUUGAAGAAUUUCACACCGUUGGACACUAAACUUGGAGUCUACAUUGCAAAUAAUCACCCAGAAUUUUGCCUGACAACUUCCGAGCUUCAACUUUUCGCUAGAACCAACGUCCAAAUUUAUGGACUUGAAGCCAAAAUUUGCAAGGAUCUAUUCAGGAAAGAUGGUCAGAAAACGUGUAUUUUCAAAGAUUUAAGCAUGUUGGAUCCAAUGUGUCAACAUAUUAUUGGUGAUGUUCUAAUUAAUGCGACUAAUGAAGAAUAUGUCCUGAAUCUGAAAAAUACUAAAGUUAUCUAUGGAUUGCUGGUAGUGAAGAGUACAGCUAAACUGGAGAAUUUGGACUUUUUAGAGAAUUUGGAGCAAAUAGUCUCCUUGGAGAAUAGUACCUCCCCAAUCAUCCAACUUUCCUCUAACAAACUCCUCCAAAAUGUGAAUUUCCCUAAAAUUAAGACCCCCCUAUUCUCCCCGAAAAAUAACCACUACAUAGAGAUUGUUGACAAUAAACAAGAGAUUAUCUAUAGUCAGAUGAGUUGCUUCAAACUUCAGAAUUUGACGUAUUCAGUGGUUAUUUAUAAUAAACAACCAUGCAAGUCACUACCAGAUGUGCCUGAAACCACUACGAAUACAGUUUACUUACCUGAAACCACUACUACAAUAGCGGUUGACACUGAAACUGUGACCAUUGAAAUUGCAGUGACUACCACUACUAACUACAAUAAUCGAUUAAAUUUGAUCCCUAUCAUAGUUCAAAUUAUUUUGAGAUUAUUAUGA